CGUGGCAGUGGCGGCGGCCUCCGGCAGCGCCUUCGCAGCUAGGGGCUUGCACGCCUGCUGCGUUCGCUCCCUAGCUCGCUCCUUCUGGAUCCGAGGCCGACACGCCUCAGCCCGAGCGCUUUCCGCUGGGUUUGACUCCUGUCGCUUCCCGUCUCUCCGAACCGGCACCGCCACGGCCGGAGUCGCGUAGGACCCGAGCCAGCGCCUUAGCCCGCUCCCGCUCCUCGGCCCCCGGCCCAGUCUCCGGCGGAGGCGAGGGCUGGGGGCGUCCACGAGAACGCCCUAGCAUCUCCGGGGCCCGAAGGGUCAGAUGAAAAGACUUGAAAUGGGAAUCAAAUUGUAUAAUCAAGAAGUAGUAGCUAUUCUUCAUUGUUGGAAGUGUAGAAAAUGUAUAGCAAAUUCCGAUUGUUUCACCAACUGUUUUGGAAAUCACUUGUCAGAGAGAACUUUGGCUGUUAAUUAUUUAUCAGCAUACCCCUGCCUAACAUUUUCUCUUCUUGAUUUAGAUGCCAAGAAACUGAGACAGAAUGGUCAUGAAUUAGCUCUUACACCUCAGAAUAGUUGUAAUGUGUGGCACAUGAAUAUAGAAGUCCUUCCAGAAUGGAUGAAUUACAUUCUAGAAAAGGCACUAUAGACAAUCGGAAAACUGAAUCACCCUUUUUGUGGGGCCCGUUUGGGGGGCUUUAACUUCAGCAGCAGCCCAAAAUGUUCCUGUGGUCAAUUUGUAGCUGUACAUCUUUGCAAAAGCAGGACAGAUUACCAGCCUAUUGUAAUCAGACUAACGAGACCAUCAUUAAACUACUUAUCACUUCAUAGAGUUCAGUCAGGGCUCGACAAGGAGAAUACAUUUAAAAGUACAGGUGUUGCCUGGGAGAACAGAACAAGGUUUUUAAACAUGGCCCAAAAUAAUGUGCCAGGAAGAUUAACUGAAGCUCUUUGCCUGGAGGUACGAUCAACCAGUUUUGAGACGAAAACUGAAAAACUGCACUUCAAAGCAUCUAAUCCAAAAUACUGUCUUUUUGUUCCCCAGUCUGUGAAUGACAGAUGCAGUAUAAGAGCUUUUCAUAGAAAAUCACAUAGUUUGGAUCUGAACAUCAGAGAGAAACUUGCCUUAUUGCCUACUUUAUAUGAAACACAUGGUAAGAUUCCUGCCUGUAACAGACUAAAUGAAACACAGCCUUUUGACCCUCAUGGCUUGUAUGUAGGUUCUAGUAAAAAUAGUCAUUCCUCUCCAGAUUCAUCCAGUUUUGAUGGUAAUGGGCUACUGCAAAGAUUUACAGUGCCUUCCUGUAAUACUCUAAGACAAAGAGAAGAAGAAUUUCAGUGUGGUUUAGAGGCUUCCAUUGUACAUUCUCACCAUAAUAAUACUAUUGAUGAAUUGCCUUUCCGGAUGGACUUCCCUGUAACUGUUAGUGGUGUGGAAGAGCCUGGUGAAGAGGAGGAAGACAUCUCAUCUAUUGGAUUCUUACAAUCUUCUGGUUUCUCCUUGGGUGCCAUUAACCAAAGGCUAAGCAAAAGAGAGAGAAACAAAUUAAAGAAUCUGAGAAGGAAGCAAAGAAGACAUCAAAGAUGGCUCCAGAAACAGACUUUGAAUGAUGAUGUGAGUACAGAUGAUGACAAUGAAUGUACAGAAGAAAAGGAAAGCUAUAUCUGUGCCGUGUGUCUGGAUGUUUAUUUCAACCCAUAUAUGUGCUACCCUUGCCACCACAUCUUCUGUGAACCUUGCCUCCGGACCCUGGCCAAAGACAACCCAACGAGCACACCCUGUCCAUUGUGUCGGACAAUCAUUUCUAGAGUCUUUUUCCAGACAGAUCUGAACAAUGCUACAAAAACAUACUUUACUAAGGAAUACUUGAAAAUAAAGCAAAGCUUUCAGAAAUCCAAUUCAGCAAAAUGGCCCCUUCCAAGUUGUAGAAAAGCAUUCCAUUUCUUUGGAGGUAAGUAA